GGUUAAUCAUGUGCGGUGAGCUUAAGCCGAGAACGCACAACAAAAAAAAUCAUUUAGGGCCGACUCAAAAGAUUUUUUUUUUGGGAAUUAAAAAAAUGAUGAUUUCUCUUAUAAAUACCGACUAAUCCACUGGAUUGAUUCUAAAGUUCCACAGUCAAGUAAUUGCAAUGGGGAUUUUCUCGUUCUUGCCGGUUUUUGAGCAAGACCACUUGCUUCCAUAUCGACCAUUUCCAGCCGAAGUGAAUGGGAAUUUGUUUUUGGCGCAUUGGCAUGAAAUGGUAUUAUCAUUUAUUCUUUACAGAGGAAUUCAAUUUGGAUCUUCAGUUAUAUCCCCUAAGUUAUUAGGGAAGACUUAUACUGGGUUAACAUUGAAGACUCGAGUCAACUUUGAUAUCCAUGUAGUAUCGAUGGUUCAAUGUAUAUUUUCAAUAUUAAUCAUCUUGCCAAUGUGGAAUCACGAAUCCUGGCAAAACCGUGUCGAAGAUCCAUAUCUGUCGAUAUAUCACUAUACUCCAUACGGAGGAUUUGUCGCUGCCGUUACCAUUGGAUAUUUUAUCUGGGAUAUGGUUGUUUGUUUACAGUACUAUCGAAUGUUUGGUUUAGGUUUCUUAUUCCAUGCUUUUGCUGCUUUAUACGUUUUUGGAACCUGUUUGAUUCCUUAUUGUAUGCCAUGGAUUCCCGCAUUCCUUCUUUUUGAAUUGAGUACUCCCUUUGUCAAUAUUAAUUGGUUUGCUCUGAGAUUACCUGCCGGUACCAUUAGUGAUACUGCUACUUUAAUCAACGGGUUAUUCUUAUUGGCCUCUUUCUUCUUGGUUAGAAUCGUUUGGGGGUUCUAUGCCGUUGCCGUGGUUGCCAUAGAUAUGUAUAAGACGUUGAAUCAAACCAAUAUCUUGAUUCCAGCGUUCAUUUUAUCCUUGAACGGGUUAUUGGACAUUCUUAAUGUCUUUUGGUUCUACAAAAUGGUGAUGAUCGCAAAGAAAAAGGCCUCUGGCGGUAAAAAACCAAAGCAGAUGGCAAAAGAAGUCGAAAAGAUCGAGUAGAUUCAGUCAAGUCAAUAUGUAAGAUCAUAUCUAAUCUUACAGAUCGUUAUAAGUCAAAUAUCAAGAUAAGUCUACAAGGUCGUGUGGGAUGGGAGGUCGUGCUGGCUGGCCAAAACACCCGUCCAGUACUAUUCAUUCAAACAACUCCAACUACCAGUG